GGGACUUUUACAAAGGACCGUAACCAAAGUUACUGCGUCACUGUCUCCAUGGAAACAUAACAACAAACCCCUGCUGUAUUUGACCGGUGAUUGAUUACAGAAGUCUCGUGAGUUUUUGUCACUAACGCUUCAAAUGCCUCAAAGUGGGGUAUCCUCAUCUGCGAAGCUGUCUGGCAGCAGCGCUUUCUCUCGCCGCUAUCGCACACGAGCCCUCACCUCUAACGUGGAAGAGAGCCUCUUCGGGACUCCGAAACAGCAUGCGGCAAAAAAGGAUGUAGCUGAAGGUCCCAGCACGAGGUCACGGUCACUGACUCGCUCUGCUCCUGCCAGAUCAGAGACUGUGCGCAUCAUCACUAAAGAUCUCAUCAGGGACCUCAGAAUCCCGAGCAAAGACCCAUCGGGGCAGUCUGUCAUUCUCUCUGCUGCUGAGUUCAAGAGAAUAAUAGCCGAGUCAUAUGUUGCUAGUGAAGAUGAGAAGGUGGCUGUACAAGAGGCCCAACGCAAAGCCCGUGAAGACGCCAUGGAUGCUGCAGAGCAGAGAAAGGCAGAGAUGCGCCAAGCGGACCUGUCUCGGCAGAAGAACCAAAACCUAAGUGAGCUGGAAGCAGAGGCAAGGGACCGUGCCCAGUACCUGCUGGAACGGGCCAACUCCCUGAGAAUGGAACAAGAGGAUGAAGUCAAGAAGCUCAGUGAGUUGAUCCGGCAGGUGCAGUGCCAGGUUGUGCGGGAUGCUCAGAUUCAGGAGAAGCAGCAGAACGUCUCGCAGUGGAUUGAUGAGGAGAAGAGACUGGAUGCCAUGAUGGAGGUGGAACGGCUCCGGGCCCUUGAAACUCAGGAGGAAAUCGAAGAUCUCCGCAGACAGCAGAGGAUUCAGGGUAAGCUGUGUAUCGUAGACCAGAUGCAAAAGCGUCUGGAGGAAAAACUGCUACAGGAGGAGGUGAAGGAGCAGGAAGGUCAGCAUAUGCUGGAGAACGUUGAACGGAUGCAUGUGGAGGAACUAAAGGCCAUUGAGAGAAAGAAAGAAGACCAGAGGAAACUACUUCAGGAGAUCCAGAAGAUAAAUGAAGGCAAUCUUGUUACUAAAGAGCAAAAGAAGGAAGAGGAAAGAUUAGCAGAUUUGCGGGCCGCAGAGUAUACAAAAAAGAAACUGGAACAAGCGGCUGAGUACGAAGCCGAACAGAUACGAAUAAAGAAAGAAAAAGAGAAGGAGGUGGCACGACUGAGAGCACUACAGGAAAGAAACAGAGACCACAAGGCUGAGCAGGAUGAGAUUCGGGCUAGGAGGAACCAGGAAGCAGCUGCAAGAGAAUGGAGAAAAAAGGAGAAAGAGGAGAUGAAAAGAAUGCAGGAAGAGGAAGAUAGGCUGAAGGUUGCACGUUUGGAGCAGGUGACUCAUAAAGAACACUUGCUGUCCAUUCAGGCUGCCCGGGAGAGAGCUGAGUUUGAGAGGGUCCUGAGGGCGCAGCAGGAGCUUAUUGAGAAAGAUCGUGAAAAAGAACAGCAGAAACAUCAGCAGACUCACAGGCAUGCCAAGGCCGUGAGGCAGCAGAUUCGGGAGCGAGAGCUGCAGGCCAUAGGUCAACGGAGAGAGAUGUUCCGUGAGGGAGAGCGGCUGGAGGAAGAGGCGCGUAAUCGCAGGGCACGGCUAAACGAGAUUAAAGAAAAGAAGCUGAGGGAACUCAAGGCAGCUGGGCUCUCAGAGAAAUACUGCAAAGAAAUGGAGCGUAAAGUUCGAGUUCUUCCUCCUUUGCUACACUGAGGAGUAACAAAUCUGAGCAACUGUUAACAAAAUCCAACAAAAAAUAAAACAGAUAUUGUGUAUCGCUCUGACAUACAAGUAAAUAAAGCUAUUAGGAAUAACA